AUGGCAGGCGAGGAAGGCGAUCCAAACCAGAACAAGAACCUUGCUGCGUCCACGGAUAGCUUCCACGAACACAAUCCCUUCGUUGCGUUCCGGCGCUAUGCCGAUGAACAAAUCUCGUCCAUGCUGCAGGCCGUGAUGGGCCUUCCCUCCUCAGUUUCUCCUCCUCAUUCGGGCCAUUGGGCCAUUUUCGCCGAAGAGCGCGGUUACAAGGAGCCAAACUAUCGCCAAAUACAGAAUGAAGAUGGCACGGACGGGGGAUACCCUUCCGGUUCAGAGAAUGGUGCCUCUGGGGACACAGAAAACCAGAACCCCGAAGGCAAAUCCUCCAGGUCGCGAUGGCCGCGUUCUGACAAUACUUGGCCCUCCAACCAACGUAGACGGGCCAAUGAACCUAGCGAUUUCUUCGGCUUCGAUUCCUUCUUUGACUCUUUCUUUGAUCGGUUCUGGUUCGAUGAUCAUUUUUCGUCGCGGUUCUUUCAUCCGUUCAACCGACCUUUCUUUACGAAUAUGAUGAAUGACGACCAUGCGACUUGGCCUCUGGCAUACUUGAUAUUCAGCCCUUACUCGCCUCUCCAUCUGGAACGCCAGGCAUCCUACCGAGCCCACCGAGAUAGAGGGGUGUUUUCUUCUCUCGUUUCCUCCUUGAACCCUUCUUCUGAACGCGAUCCCGCAGAGCCACAUUGGCGUGAGGCUUUUGAGGAUCUUCUCCGACUUGAAAACGGCAAACCGAUGCUGGAUCGCGAGCCUACUACCGCAGUGACCAAGAAAGAAUCGGGAACCGAAUGGCUACGGGGCCUAGUGCAACGGGGCAGUCUUGGAGACCGUUGGAAGUAUGUCUCUGGAUCAGACGGCCAGGGUUGGUCCGGUAUCACACUUGACAGCACGGAACAUGCGCAGAAGAAUCAACACGAGCUUGAGGAGAGGCGUGCGGAACCGCAAGCAAAAGGUGAAACCAGCUGGAAGGAUAGCGCGUCUGGCACCCAACCCCCAACCGAGUUGGAGAUGUACGACCGCUUUCUUCGGGAUAUUGAAGCGCGUGAGCGCGAGUUCUACAAAGGUGUAUACGAGAGUCCCCUCCUGCGCUCUUUAUUAGAGGAACGGCGUAGAUUGAAGAACGACAUCGAUUUGUUCGAAAAUCAGAAUAGAGGCGAUGACACGGACUCAUGGAUCGAUCUCGUGUCAGGGGGUAACAAGAGCUCGGUUACUGAGAUAAAAUCCCAGUCAUCACCAAACUCAUCGACCACUGCCGAGACAAGUUCGACAACCUCGACUACAGAGCCACAGCCUUAUGUGAUCUCCACCAGGACGACGACCGAACGCGUCCGGCUCUCGGACGGUUCAAUCCAGACCAAGACGGUGAAGACCAAGCGUUUUGCCGAUGGCCGGGAAGAAACAAACGAGUCUGUCGAAGUCGUUAACUCGCCUCAAAAUUCUCAUGACUUCUCUGCUGGCCAGGAGUCGCUUGAGAAUAAUCAUCCGAAGAGGAAUGGCUGGUUCUGGAGAGACUGA